CAGCACAUGUGGGGUGUAGGAGGGUGUGCAUCUCUGUCCCAGGAGACUGGUACCUGUCCUGCAGCAGGCAUCUGCUGUUAUCUGCAGACAUGUGUGCUGGACGAGAAGUCUUGGCUUCUGACCCCUAGUGUGAUUUGGAAGCCAGUAGAAGUCAUGGAUAUAGAUGCGGAAAGAGAGAGAAUCACAAAGGAGAUCAAGGAGCUGGAGAGGAUUUUGGAUCCCAGCUCCUCAGGUGUCCCUAUGGAAGUGUCAGAAUCAAGUCUCGAUUCAGAUUCUGAAGCAGACUCGCUGCCUGGUGAGGACUUGGACACUGCCGAUCCCCUAGUCUUGGAAGAAGAGAGGUGGGCUGAAGGCAGUAAUGACGAGGAUGAUCCCAGGGAUAAAACCCUCCCUGAAGACCCAGAGACCUGCCUGCAGUUGAACAUGGUCUACCAGGAAGUCAUCCGGGAGAAACUGGCAGAGGUCAGCUUGCUGCUGGCCCAGAACCGGGAGCAGCAGGAAGAGAUCAUGUGGGAUCUGGCUGGGCCCAAAGGCCCCAAGGUGAAGGACAGCAAGAGCCUGCCCCCAAACAUGUACAUAGGGCACUUCAUGAAGCCAUACUUUAAGGACAAGGUCACCGGAGUGGGGCCUCCUGCCAACGAGGAAACUCGGGAGAAGGCCGCCCAGGGGAUCAAGGCUUUUGAAGAGCUCCUCGUGACCAAGUGGAAAAGCUGGGAAAAAGCCUUGCUCAGAAAGUCUGUCGUGAGCGACCGCCUGCAGCGUCUGCUGCAGCCCAAGUUACUGAAGCUUGAGUAUUUGCACCAGAAGCAGAGCAGAGUCUGCAGUGAGCUGGAGAGACAGGCGCUGGAGAAGCAGAUUCGGGAAGCCGAAAAGGAAGUCAAAGGCAUCAACCAGCUCCCAGAGGAGGAUUUGCUGGGAGACAGGCUGGACAGCCAUGACUGGGAGAAGAUUUCCAAUGUUAAUUUUGAAGGUGGCCGUGGCGCAGAAGAGAUCCGCAAGUUCUGGCAGAACUCUGAGCACCCAAGCAUCAACAAACAAGAGUGGAAUGGGGAGGAGGUGGAACAGCUGAAGGUGAUCGCAGCCUCACAUGGCCACCUGGAGUGGCAGAAGGUGGCAGAGGAGUUGGGGACUGGCCGCAGUGCCUUCCAGUGCCUGCAGAAGUUCCAGCAGCACAACAAAGCCCUAAAACGCAAGGCAUGGACAGAGGAGGAGGACCGCAUGCUCACCCAGCUGGUGCAGGAGAUGCGUGUCGGGAGCCACAUCCCCUACCGCAGAAUUGUCUACUACAUGGAAGGGAGAGACUCCAUGCAACUGAUCUAUCGCUGGACCAAGAGCUUGGAUCCUAACCUGAAAAGGGGGGUCUGGGCCCCAGAGGAAGAUGCUAAGCUGCUCCAAGCUGUUGCCAAAUAUGGGGAGCAGGAUUGGUUUAAAAUCCGAGAAGAGGUGCCAGGUAGGAGUGAUGCCCAGUGCCGAGAUCGGUAUCUCAGAAGACUGCAUUGCAGCUUGAAAAAGGGACGAUGGAACAUAAAAGAAGAAGAACAGUUACUUGAAUUAAUAGAAAAAUACGGUGUCGGUCACUGGGCAAAAAUAGCUUCUGAACUACCCCAUCGGUCAGGCUCCCAGUGUCUGAGCAAAUGGAAGGUCAUGACUGGGAAGAAGCAGAGUCUGCAGAGGAGGCGGCGGAUACCCCGUCGCCAUCCCCAGUGGAGUUCCAGCUCCAGCUCUAGUAGUGGAGAGACCAGCAGCGGCAGCAGCAGAGACACUAGCAGCAGUGAGGAAUCAGAGGUGGAGCUGGAGCAGGCCCAGGAGUGUGGCAGUGUGCCACUAUCCCCACAGUAUAUGGUGCCGGACAUGGAUCUGUGGGUUCCUGCCAGACAGAGCACUAGCCAGGCCUGGAGAGGAAGAACGGGAAGCUGCCCAGGACACCUUGCUGCCUCCCCCAGCCAUCCCCAGGGGUCCAGUGCCGCCCAAGCUGGCGGCAAGGAAACUCCUGGCAAGGAGCUGAGCCAGGCACAGGCUCCCUCCAGGACCCACAGCACUGCCCUGAGGGGUGUCCAGUGCUCACACUUAGCAGACCCUGACCCAGCGAGCUCAGAGGGGCUGGCCCUCAAGGAUGGGAAACUUCUGAAGAAGGUGCCCCUACAGACGGUGCUGAGGGUGCUCAGGACCAACACGGCCACCUGGAGCCGCACGCUGAAGGAGAAGCUAAGGCAGCCGCUUCUGCCCAGCUCGUCUCUGGGGGCCAGCCCUGGCAACACCAUGGCCAGGUCCCACAUGCAGCAGCUGUGGCAUGGAACCUUCCAGAAUGGACGGCAGCGCUGGAGACAUGCUCUGCACCGGAGGCUCCUUGAUCGCAGGCUUCUGUUGGCUGUGACCCCUUGGGUGGGUGAUGUCGUCCUGCCCUGUGUGCAGCCUCCCCGGACAACUGCUGCAACACAGACCCACGCCGAUGGCCUCAGGAGGCAGCUGCAGCACAUGCGCCUGGCCAGCACCCCGGUGUUCACCCUGUUCAUUCAGCUGCUCCAGAUCGAUACUGCUGGCUGCAUGGAGGUUGUUCGAGAGAGGAAGGUCCAGCCUCCUGGGCUGCUCCAGGCUGGACCUCAGGACCCCCUACCACAUCUUCUGCAGGCACCUCCGAGCGCCCAGAGCACCUCAGGCUGCCUUUUACCAGAUGCAACAGUUCAGAAAGCUACAAAGACUGCCACCCAUAGAGGGCUGGGUUCCUGCCGUGCAGUGUGCGCCCCCCACCAGGUGUCGCCACCAACUCCAUGUGGCCCUCGGCCCAAACCCAAGACCGUGUCAGAACUGCUUCGGGAAAAGCGGCUUCAGGAGGCCCGUGCCAGGAAAGCAGCCCAGGGCCCCACAGGGCUCCCACCUCGGCUGCUCCUCUCCCCACCGGUGGUCCUCCAGGCCCCCCUUCUCCCAGCCCCCCAUGGUCCUUCAGCCUCCAGUUCUGUCAUCUCAAACAUAGCACCCUCUGGGCUGGGGAUCCCCGCAGUGGCCAGUCUGAUCACUUCUGCCUCCCAGCAGGGGGUUGGAACUGCAGCCAAGGACCAGGGAUCCCCCACACUGCAAACCUUGCCCCAUGGGGUUUCAUCUGUGGCCCCUGCCCUCGGCCCAGGCCAGGUCCCCAUGAACUGCCACCUGAAUGGUCUUGGACAAUCUCAGGCCCCUGCCACAUCCCAGAAGCAGGGCCUGCCAGAGGCACUGCCCUUCCUCCCUGCAGCACCUAGCCCCACUCAGCUGCCCAUCCAGCCCCUCAGCCUGACACACAGGGGUGGGCCACAAGUGGCAGCUAAUGUCCCCCUGCCUGUCAGCUGGGUGCUCACAGCCCAGGGGCUGCUUCCUGUGUCCAUGCCAGCUGUGGUGGGCUUUCCUAGACCAGCAGGGACCCCUGACCCCUCAGGGGUGCCAGUGACUGUGCUACCUCCCCUGCCUGAGACUUGCACAACCCAGGGCCCCAGGGCCAGCAUGGAUACAAGACCAGACCUUUCCUCCAGUACAGGCCCCUUGGCUUCUCCCACACAAUCCUUAUCACAGAGCCCUGCCGAAGUGGAUGGUGACAUGGCCUGUGUGCCCAGGACACUUCCCCGGGCUGACCACCCUGAAGCAGGGACCCCCCAGUCCAGCCAGCUGCCUGUCUGUGCUGGUUCUGGCCCUAGGAGUGAGCCAGGAGGGCUGCUGGGAUCCCCUUCAGGGACACGAGAGCCCAAGGGGCCCCAGCCUGGGCUGGAGAAGGGUUUCCUGGACCUGAGCCUGAUCUCCCAGGAUAGUGAGGUGGCCACACGGGAGUGGCUGCGGGGACAGCAUGGGGUGUGUGUACCCCCACUGGGGAGCAGGCUGCCCUACCAGCCCCCUGCCCUGUGCAGCUUGAGAGCAUUGUGCGGCCUCCUGCUCCACAAGAAGGCCUUGGAGCAUAAGGCCACUUCCCUGGUGGCUGGUGGGGCAGCCAGGGAUGAACCUGAGGCAGAAACCCUACAGGCCUCUCUUGAGCUGGUACGGAGACAGCUCUGGGACAACCCUGCCUACCUCCUGUUGAAGGCCCGAUUCCUGGCAGCCUUCACCUUCCCUGCAUUCCUGGCUACCCUGUCUCCCCAUGGCGUCCCCACCACCCUCUCAGCAGCCACAGGGGUGGACUCAGAGAGUGAGGAUGAGGACCUAGAACAGGCAGAACCUACAGACAAGCAUGGGCAGGGAGGUUCCGUGGCACCUGCAAUCCCUGUUCAGCAGGCCCUAAACUCUGGUGAGGGCUCUGCGCCCCCCUGCCUGGAUGCUUCUGUCGACCUAGAUGUUGAUGACCUGGAUGUGCUCAGAACCCGGCAUGCUCGGCACACGAGGAAGCGGAGGCGGCUGCUGUGAGCAGUAGGGCAAGGAUACCCCAAAAGCCACUGCUGCAGCUGAGAAAAGGCAGGGCUCCCAUGUGCCCGUCUGCCCCACAGCUGCCAUCAUCCUAAAGAACAAAGUGGCCAGAAGCCCAGGCAGUGCUCAACUGCCACCCACUGACUGAUCUCUGUCCACAGUGGAUAGGGGGAGGCACUUGAAGUGACUGUCAUUCCUGGGUUUCACCAGGUGCAAACCUGAGCAGCUGAAGGAAUA